AAGAAACUAUGAACUGGAAAGACACAAAAUGGUGAAAUUAUUCCUUCCAUCCUCAUGACAACAACAAGGAGAUAUGGGCAUCCUAAGACUGCUUGCCAGAAUCAUGGUUAGGAUCAGUACUUUCAGGUCCUAUCAGUUUGUGCUUCUCCUGGCUGCUGCACUUGCUGUUGUAGCUUUUUACUACUUUGGCUCAGAGAGGCAGAACUUCUCCAGCACCACUAAGAGGAUCAAGCAGACCCAGGCCACCCACAACGCCAACAGAAAUGAUGCUGACCUAACCGUGGACACCAGGCUUUCACACCCGGCUGGAUUGGAAGAGCAAAGGGAGGAAGAUCGAGAUGUAGGAGGAGAGAGUGAGGGAUUAAGGUCCAGGAAAAGGGACAGUGGUAACAGUGGUGACCAACACUACCACACACUCAUGAUGUUCACCAAGGUGGACAAGAGCCGGAGCCUGCAGGACAAGUUCAGGGUGGCCAUGCUGUCUAUGGUUAAAUAUGGACACUUCAGUGAAGGAGAGGUAUUGGUCCUUCAUUUUGUGAGCGACCAGGCCAGCAAAGAACUGGGAAAGAGGAUGCUGCAGGAGCUUCUCCUUGAUGCAACAUUUAAGUAUGAGGUGUUAUUUCAUGACGUGGAGGCUCUCACACAGAAGCUGUUCCCAAUUGUAGAGGCCAUGCAGAAGCACUUCAGCGCUGGCUCUGGGGCUUACUACAGCGACGCCAUCUUCUUCCUGUCGGUUGCCAUGCAUCACAUCAUGCCGGAAAACCUGACGCGCAUAGUGCAGCUUGACCUGGACCUGAAAUACAGGACCAACAUCAGGGACCUUUUCCAAGAAUUUGACCAGUUUCCUCGAGGAGCGGUAAUAGGGAUCGCCAGAGAGAUGCAGCCAGUCUACAGACACACCUUCUGGCAGUAUCGUAAGGAGAACCCUAAGACCAGAGUAGGCGAUCCUCCUCCUGAGGGCCUCCCGGGCUUCAACAGCGGCGUAAUGUUAUUGGACCUAGGUGCUAUGAGGGACUCAGCACUCUAUAACCAAUUGUUGGAGCCUAGCAAUGUGGCCAAACUAGCGGACCAGUAUCGCUUCAGGGGCCACCUGGGGGACCAGGACUUCUUCACCAUGAUAGGCAUGGAGCAUCCUGACCUGUUCUAUUCGCUGGCCUGUGGCUGGAACCGGCAGCUGUGCACCUGGUGGCGGGACCACGGAUACGGAGACGUGUUUCAGAUGUAUUAUCGAUGUGAGGGACUUGUCUAUAUCUACCAUGGGAACUGUAACUCUCCUAUACCAGAUGACUGAUGCUGGAACCGAAAAGGAGGCUAAGACAUCUACAAUAUAGUUUAGGAAAUAUGUUUCCUGCUUUUUGGAAGGGAGGAUGUUGACUUAUAUGGCAGUUUCUUUUCUUGACCUCAAUAAUGCCAGUGUAGUCACAGACUCUGCCCCCUGCUGGCCAUGGGGCCCAUACAAAGUUACUACAAAUAUGGUGUACAUAUGUGUCAUUUUAGAAUACAUUUUGGUCACGUUGAAAGGCCUGCGUUACAGCAAUGCAAGGAGCUGCAAUAGUUGGAACACAUCUCUUCAGGCACAGAGAAGAUGAAAUAUGAUCUACGAAAGUUCAGAUGCAUUUAUUUUAAGGUUUAAGAGUAGAAAUACACUGAUCAUGUUACAUAGUAAGCUAGCCGGAACUUGUUCUUGCCUGUAUUUGAUUGGCCAACAAAGCACCUUACUGAUAAAGGCUCUCUCCGAAGCCACAUGGGCGCAAGGCACAACACACUGCCACAGUUCCUUUCAAACACAUCUUUCUGCAGAUAAGACAGGGGGGGGAGGUCGGGGUUAACAAUUGUGGCUGGGUUUUUUUUUUUUGCCCCUGUGUUUGAAGUUUAGUUGAGGCCAAACACUCACGUAUCAGAAAGAGUGAAGUGCCGAUGUACACAGUGACCUACUUUUUUCUUGCUGUGCUCCCUGAACUGCCACUCGGAUUCGAAGAAAUGUCAACACUCAAUAUUCAUCAGUCAGGAAACUGUCUGAGGCGAUGCACACUUUAACACACAUGUACACACAGGGAGAGUGAGGGGGCCGAAUGGCCUGCCCUGCACCACCAGUGGAGUCAAAGACAGGCUACUGAAGACACUUGAGAAUAAACAUUAUCGCAAAUCAAUGCGCUUUCCUUGAAAUCACCCUGAAGCUGGUCAAUAUAUUUUCUGGCUCCUUCAGACAAAAACAUUUUAAUGUCUAUGGCUCUAAAACAGAUGGAACCGUUGAAUCAGAGUACAUAUUCAAAGAUAACUUCCAUUAUCAGUUUCCAAUUGCACUUUAUAACUUCAAAACACAAUCUUUAUCAUUAAGUGUUGUGUUGAUUAGACAAAGUGUAGAUUUAUUUUAAUUGCAUUGAUUUUUAUUUUCGUUUUGAAGUGCUCUCCAGAUUUUGUAGUUUUUGAUUGAUUUCCCGCUAUUCAGGCAGCAAAUCUUCAUAGUGGUGCAUUUCUUGACUAAGAAAGUAUAAUUGUUUGCUGAAGAACAUUGUAUUUUAACUAUGUUAACUAUAUUUAAAAUUAAACCUAGAAGAAAAAAUGCAGACAUGGACACUGUGAAAACUCUGCUGCCAACUCUCAAUUCUCCUGCUGUUAUGAGAGUAUCUUUAUGUCGGUAGAGUGAGUUAUUUUUGAUCACAACUGCAAUAUAACAGUUUAAAAAAACAGAACAAGAAAAAUGCAAUAAAUAAUGCAAUGUGAUGGAUUUCCUAGAAACAUUUAAAGUUUAUUUAAGUUGGUAUUUAUAGUGUUUUUAGAACUGAAACCACUGGCAAAAGAUAGAAAUAAAACUAAUCAAAAAAUGUAUGUGAUGCUCUGGUUGGCAUAUUGCAAAACUGUGGAAUAUAGCCUACACAUUUGAUCUCCCAUGGUCUUGACUAAGAGACCCUCUGGGUUAUGCCAGCAAUUAAUCACUCACUCACUCAUCUCCUUUGCGCCUGCUGGCACAUUGGGCAGCAACAAAGUACCUCCAAUUCCUUCUGUCUUUGGCCAAUAACCCUAAUCCAGCAAUGAAUAGAUAUUAUUAAUUAGAAUUACCAAUUACAACACUUUCUCUAUUACCUUUUAUAAUAAGUAUCAUUACAUAUCUGUAGUUCUUUCCAAAUAAAUAACUGUGUAUAACUUGGGAAAUUGAAAAUAACUGGAAAUUUAUGAUGGUUUGCAGUGAGAAUAAUCCGGUUUGUGAAAGCAGCUUUAAAUGAAGCCAAACAUUUUUAAUGAAUGUUAAACUCAAAUUCUUUCAUAGACGGCCUUCCUGUGACACAAAUACAGUAAAUUUCCUGUUUUGUUUAGACGUUUGUCUCUACAUUAUUUCACAACGGUGAAAUUUUGUUUCUUUUGUGUGAUCAGCA